AUGCAGACGCCAAGAUGGAGGCGUUUCGAAAGGCAGGUCAAGCCCACCUGCGUCAAGCUCAUGGGCAUCGCGACGCAGCCGCCAACAACGACGUCGCAGCACGCCGCGCUGCUCGACUCGCUGCGCGCGCUGGUCGAGACGCUACCAGACGCGGCGUUCGCGCCCUCGCUGAUCAACUACCUUCUAUUCCCGCUUACGACGCUUCUGCGCCAGACGCCAGACCCAGCCCACCUGCCGGACACGUUCCUCGAGGCCGCGUUCCGCUUCCUCGCCGUUGUCGUGCACCACUGGGUGCGCGCACCGGGCGGCAUGGACCCCCAGGCAUGGGAGCAGCUCUGGCGCUUCACCAUCUCGUCUAUCACGCGCCCGGGCAAGGGCCGCGCCGUGGAGCAGGAGGUGCAGUUCGAGGCCGUUGCGCUGCUACGAGCUCUGCUCGAGCCGUACUCCGCGCCUGGGGAGGCUCCUCACCCUUCCCCGGCGAUGCGCAAGGCGCUGUAUGGCCCCAAGGCGCCGCUGGUCCCUACGCUGUUCCAGAGCAUCACGCUCGCGGUCGAAUGCUCGAGCCCAGCCCCGCCACACCCUGCGCUCCAGCUCUCGGCGGUCAAGCUCCUCCGCACUCUGGUGGGAUAUCUUGCUGGCCAGUCCGAGCUCCUCGCUUCGGUCCUGCCUGGGAUCGUCAGUGCCAUGACCAAGGCCAUCACGAGUGGAGGCAAGGGUCUCAAAGGUGACAAUGCGGCCGAGAUGGCGCACGCAAUCGAGGAUAUCCUGACCGAGACGCUCGAUGACGAUGCGUUGAGAAGACUCGGCGUGCUGAAACCGACGUUCAACGACCUGUCGGAGCUCGCCGAGCAGUGGGAAGAGAAGCGGCGCGAUGGGAACGGGGAUGAGCUGUCACCGGAAUCCACUCCCCCACCAGAAACUCCACCGUCGACAGCGGCGCCCAACCCCUUUCCCCCCUUGACGGCAUCAUAUCUCGCCUUCACGUCUACCCAGCUACUGUCAACGAUCCCGCCGGUGCUCUCCACCCUCGCGAGGCACUUCUCCCACUCGGCGAGGAAUGCAGCGGCAGACCUAGCAAGCUCGCUGAUACGACACUGCCGCGAGUCUCUGCCCCGGUUAACGUCCCCGGCAUUGUCAACCCUCCUCCUUCUCUCCACGGACGAGUUCGACCCUGUGCGCAACGACGCUAAGCAGAGACUCCUCGCGCUAUUGGACAGUGACGCAGGUGUAUCCCUGGACAACCUGAUGGUGGACUUGCUCAGCACGGCUAUCAACGCCCUCCCGAGGCACAUUCAGGCUGAGCAGGACUCGCGCGUCAACGAGGUCGCACGUCUCAUCUCGGCCAUCGCGCUCGUCACAGCAGAGCAGGACCCGGCGCGGCCGAAUGUAAUCGCUACGUUCCUCGGGCCGUCGGGUGCCGUCGAGCGCUGGGCUUGGGGCCUGCUCGACUGUUUGGAAUUCGGCCGCCCACGAGGCUGGAGUGCCGCAGGAGCCGACGCGUCGCGAACUGCUGAGCAGGGGUGGACUGGCGGACUGAUCACUGCAAGCCUCCCACGGCUCAUUGAGCCGGCAGGUGGUGCUACGGACAGCGCUAUGGACCAAGAUGAGAGUGACACCCGCCCUCCGCCAAACGAGACGUUCCCUUCCCUGCCUCUUCGACACGUCGAGUCGGACAGCACACGCCACGCCCUGUCGUCCAUGCUGGAAGCUCUAGGCGCUGCAGGCGGGGAACAGGCUCUCCACUCUGUCGACUACUUUAUCCGCUUCGCCCGCGCUAACCGCACGCGUGAGGUCGCCAAAGCCGUCUCAGCUGUCUGGGUGGCCCAGAAGCUGCUCGUCGGCGUUGCAAGCAAGCACGACGGCGAGCGACGACCGAGAGCAGUGCGAAAGAUGGCGCGUGAGGUGACCCGAGUCCUCGUCAGUAUUGACGACGAGGAUGAUGAGGACGAGGAGUGGACAGGCCAGCCUGAUCCUGAUCUUGUCGACGCGCUGGUCCCCGUCGAGCACAGCCGGGGCUUGGACGCCCUCACGACGCUGCUGGACAAGCCUAUGGCGAACCAGUCGGCGUCGCAGGAGACGCGACGACUGCAUUCGCGUGCCCAACGUGUUCUCCUCAGCGCGCUCUCACUGUCGACUCUGGCGUCGUGCGCCAAGAUCCUCGGCACUGGGUUCCGCCCCCUGCUCCUCCACACGCUGUACGAGGUUCUCGCUCAUCUUUCCUCCCCGCACGACAUUGUGCGGCAGUUUGCCGAGACUGCCCUUGUCCUCAUCGCGUACGAGACGGGGUACGCCUCGGCGCAGAACCUCGUGCUCGACAAUGUCGACUAUGUGGUCAACGUUGUGUCCCAACGGCUCACGUACCACCGAUUGAGCCCCCACGCCCCGCUCGUCCUCAUCGCCAUGAUCCGGCUUGUCGGCGCGCCGAUCGUCCCGCUCGUUCACGACGUUGUCGACGAGAUUUUUGACGCCCUCGACGACUUCCACGGAUACUCUGCUCUUGCUAGCGCUCUCCUCGCAGUGCUUACCACGCUCAUCGACGUCAUGGCCGACGACGUCAAGGCCACAGGGCCAACGCCAGAGCGCAAGGCGGCGCGCGAGGAGGCGAGGCGGGUGCUCAACCCGCCGAACCCCGAGACCGACUUUGCGCGCUUCGCUGGGUGGUAUUCUGAGCGCAGCACCCACGCCCAGCGCGAGGUCGACGAGAUCCUCGAGCGUGCACCCCGGCAAGCAUGGGGCAAGGACAAGGACGCCGAGGGGGACACGGAAAUGGGCGAUGAGGAGCGGCCGCCCAACACGGACAAUGACGAGCCGCCACCACCCACACGGUCGCAGGAAGUGGCGCAGCAGAUCCUCGAAAAGGCAACCUACUACUUGUCGCACUCGUCGCCGUUCCUCCGUGCCCGCGUGCUGGGCCUCAUUGCGCGCGCGAUCCCUGUGCUCGCGUCCGGCGGGCGCGAGGGCGACCUCCUCCCACUCAUCGACCGCGCAUGGCCCAUCAUCCUCACGCGCCUCGACGACCCCGUGCCGUACGUCGUGACGGAGGCCGCCGAGGUGAUUGCCAGCCUGGCGGAGCACGUAGGCGAGUACGUCUCGCGGCGGAUCGCGGACGACGCGUGGCCGCGCCUUUUGCGGCUUCUCAACUCCCAAGCAGAGGUGGACAAGAAGUCUGCGCUCGCGCGGCGCGGCGCGGUCGGCACAACGUCCGAGUGGACCGUGAGCCACCGGCUUCACCUCGCCCUGCUCUCCACCGCGACGUUCAUCGCGGCCGAAGUGCCCGUCAAGGACGGCGUACUGUGGGAGAUCAUCACGGCGUUCGUGCCGCUCCUCGACGCGCGCGUGCAUGGCGACCUGCAGGAGGCGGCUAGGAAGCUAUACUCUGCGCUCGAUGCACGAGACGGCGACGCAGUGUGGAUGGCGCUUCGCGCCACAUCCGGCAGGCUGAAGGGAGAUAAUGGCGUGUGGGAAUACCUGCAUGACGGCGCGCUCGACAUCAGCGCGAGCGUCGCCGUCCUCGCACCAUAG